AUUUACACUCCUAUAUAAACAGCUCAGGCCAGCGGUGCCUCCGACUUUGUUUUCUUUUCCUCAUUUCUGCACAGGAAGACAAUACCCACCACCAUGAAUAAACUGCUGGCCGUUUCUGUGCUCAUUGCACUUCUUGCUCUCAGCGCCGAAAGCUUUCGUUUGGCGAGGCAAGCCGAGGAGGAGGAGGGGACGCUGACCAAGAUCUCAGGCGCUGUCAAGUCCUACUAUGACAGCGCUGUGGAUACUGUCAGCGGAUACGUGGACAGCAUCAAAGGCCUGAAACUUGAGGAGAAAGCAAAGAAUCUUUACAGUGAGACGAGUACAGUUGUGAGCACCUACGCUGGUAUUGUGCAAGACCAGCUUUACCACUUCUUUCACCACUAGGAAAAGACAAUACAAAAGUAAACACAAAACAAACUGACCUUACUCGCCUUUUGCAAGAGCAUAACAAUGCUCAGCCCGCACUAGAAAGUGCCUACACACCAUUUGACAUCUUAACUUUUUGUACUCAUCACCAAACAGAGUCUCACAACUGAAAAGACGGACAGUGCGCUCUUCGUAGAGCUUUUUCUUCUCCUAACAGCCUGCCUAGAGGAAACGGAUGGACAAAUGUCGUGAGCCCACGGAGCACUCAAUGUGAAAAUCCCGCAGAUAAUGUCAUGGUCCAACGCCGCCCACUUGCACCGUAUUUCCUCUUAACUGACCCAAAUCAGCUGUUCCACCCCUUGAUGAGUGUAAAUGUUUGUGUCAUGUCUUGAAAUAAAAUAUUUAUACAAUA